CUUCUACACAUCCAUACCUCUUUGACCUCUUCUUCUUCUUCUUGUCUUUAAUAGUCCUCAAACGAGUAAAUAGUAUUCCAUACACAUAUAUAUCUCCACAGGUUCAAGAAAAGAAAUAAUGGAAUCAGUGGAUCAAUCAUGUAGUGUUCCUCCGGGAUUUAGAUUCCAUCCAACAGACGAAGAGCUCGUUGGUUACUAUUUAAGGAAAAAAGUUGCAUCGCAAAAGAUCGAUCUUGAUGUCAUCAGAGAUAUUGAUCUCUACAGAAUCGAACCAUGGGAUCUCCAAGAGAGAUGCCGAAUCGGAUACGAGGAAAGAAAUGAAUGGUAUUUCUUCAGCCACAAAGAUAAGAAAUAUCCAACAGGAACAAGAACAAACAGAGCGACCAUGGCUGGGUUUUGGAAAGCCACAGGUCGAGACAAGGCUGUUUACGACAAGUCAAAACUGAUUGGUAUGAGAAAAACACUUGUGUUCUACAAAGGAAGAGCCCCUAAUGGCCAAAAAACCGAUUGGAUCAUGCAUGAAUACCGGCUAGAGUCAGAUGAGAAUGCGCCUCCUCAGGAAGAAGGAUGGGUGGUUUGUAGAGCGUUCAAGAAAAGACCAACGACGGGGCAAGCCAAGAACACGGAAACUUGGAACUCAAGUUACAUUUACGAUGAAUUACCAAGUGGAGUAAGCUCGGUUAUGGAGCCACUCAAUUACGUAUCUAAGCAGAAACAAAAUAUUUUUGCACAAGAUUUAAUGUUCAAGCAAGAACUAGAAGGAUCAGAUAUCGGUUUAAACUUCAUCCACUGCGAUCAAUUCAUUCAACUUCCGCAGCUCGAAAGCCCUUCACUCCCUCUUAUGAAAAGGCCAGUGAGCUCGACGUCAAUUACAUCAUUGGAGAAGAACCAAAAUAGCUACAAAAGAAAGUUAAUAGAAGAGGAUGUGAGCUUCAGUGCGCUAAUAAGUAGUGAUAAUAAAGAUAACAAGAAGAAGAAAACAUCAGUGAUGACUACUGAUUGGAGAGCGCUAGAUAAAUUUGUUGCUUCUCAACUUAUGAGCCAAGAAGAUGGAGUUUCAGGUUUUGGAGGCCAUCAAGCAGAAGAUAGCAAUAAAAUAAUCGGUCAUUACAAUAACGAAGAGAGCAAUAACAACGGAGUAGAGACUGUUUCUUCCACAUUAUUGAGUGACAGAGAAGAAGAGAACAGAUUCAUCAGUGGAUUCUUAUGUUCGAACUUGGAGUAUGACUUAUAUAAGGAUUUGCAUGUUUGAUCAAAGAUAAGGCUAUAAGUAUGGUGCGUAACGUUCGCUAUAUAUGUACGUAGAAUAUAUUGAUAUAGUGCGUAUAACAUAUAUGACUAAAGAUUGUGUGAAAGAUUUUUUUUUCUCUCUUAUAUACACUUUUAAUUUUCGUUAAAAAGAAUAAUGUAUG